UCCUUUGAGGGACUAAUGGCGUUGCCACAACCAUUACUCCCUUUAGGGACCAACGGCAAAGGGACGAACGGUUAGUCUCCUACCAGUUACUCCCUUGGAGAUUAACUUUUGGUCCCUCCAGUUACUCUCUGGAGGAUGAAAUGUUAGUCUCCCCUGUUGCUCCCCAAAGAUUAAUUGUUAGUCCCACCAGUUCCUCCUCGAGGACUAAAUGUUGGUCCUUGCAAUUACUCUCUGAGGACAAACUGUUCAUCCUUCCAGUUACUCCCCAGGGAAUCAACAGUUUAGUCCUCCAUAUCUCUAGUUACUCCUUAUGGGGUUAAUUUUUUGCCUCGAACAUGCCUUUCAGAGGCGCAAGACAUGAGCAGAGCUGCUUGGGUUGGAAUUAAUUUUUUUAUCUCGAACAUGCUUUUAAGACACAGAACAAGAGCUGCUUGGUCAAGCGCUGCUUGGGUGCUUGUAACACCAAGUAUAGACAAUUUAAACAACAGAACACUUUAUUUUUCUUUCAUUGCAGCAACGUGUGUGCCACACGCACAAGCGGAGUUGGCCGCACACCGCUGUUAAUGCCGACCAUGCGGCAUAUUAAGUCAAAUGUUUUUUUGCACCUUUUGGCGCAAAAACAAUGUGAAAUGCCCAGUACAGGGCAAUCUGCGUUGCCAGGGCAGGGACAAGGUCAUCUUUGUCGAUCUAUUGAUUCAAGCUGCACAUGGAGGGCUCUUGCUUGCAGCAGGCUAGUGCCCUCGUACGUAACUGUUGGUACAUGAUGCGACGCAUCCGGUUGCUGCAAAAAGAAAAUGAAAUUAUGGGGUUCUAACCGCCGUAUUCACAAACCAAACUUAUACUUAUGACUUAAGUCAGCGAACAGCCCUUAACGCGUUUCAAGAACCAACCUUGUACUUAUCGCAGAACUUUUCUCGUACUUAUCGCCGUGAUAAGUAAGGCUUGGUUAAGGUAGCCUCCAACCUACCUUAACGCUCCCUUGUAAACAUACAAAAUGGCGGCGAUGGACGACAACUUCGCGGAGUUCGUUAACUAUCUGGAGCGUCAUGAGGAACUAAUGCGUGGGGCAGCCUUUUCAUACGCGUCACCGCCACGGCGAGUGCUCAGGGAUCGCUUGAAUCCCAUGGAAGUGUACGACGACUACGAGUUUUUGUGCCGUUAUCGAUUUACAAAAAGGACCGUGCAGCAGCUGCUCGAUAGGCUGCCUCUGCGGGAGAACACCGAUGGACGUGGGUUCCCUGUGCCGCCUCUCCUGCAGCUGCUCAUCACACUGCGCUUCUAUGGAGCCGGCACGUUCCAAAUUGUGACCGGCGACCUAGUGAAUGUUUCACAGCUGACGGUGUCACGGGUAAUCGAACACGUAUCGACUAUGAUCGCCAGAAGCCUAUUUCCUGUGCUUGUGCAGUUUCCCGCCGCUUCAAAAAUGAGCGGUGUAAUGCAAGAUUUCUAUAGCAUAGGCAAGUUUCCCGGUGUGAGUGGGUGCAUUGAUUGCACCCAUGUGCCAAUUAAGAGCCCCGGUGGUGACCACGCCGAGGUGUACCGCAACCGGAAAGGAUACUUUUCGAUAAAUGUUCAGGUGAGUGCUCGUUACAAAUAUUGCAGUGGUGGUUUGAUACCGAAAUGCAAACAGAAGCGGUACAUAAUGCAGCUCGUAGUACGUUUUUGUAAAUGUAACAGACGUAACAACAAGUAAAUCACCCCGCUAAUUUACGACGCGGUUUCACACUGCCAGUAUACAUCUGUGCUACGACAAUUAUCGAAGCUUCGAAUUUGCUAUGAGGGUAACCUUAACCUCCACCUAUGUCGCGGUCCUCAUCGACAACUACCGCGGCCACCACUUGAACCGGCAAGUUCUUGCUCAGCAUCGGAAAACGUAGUUCCCAUGAAAUCGCAGCGCCUCGUAUUUUGAUCCAGUAUAAUCUCGAUUAUGUGUGUAUUUUGGGACAUCGCAAGAAA